UUUAAUCCGUAGCUAAUCGGUUGUUCUAGUCUUAUGAUAACAUCGAUUGCCAGAUUACAAUUGUUGGAUAUACAGCUGUAAUACUGGCUGUCUUCCCGUCGUCCUUAUCGAAUCUAGUGCUUAGUGGAGCCAUUGAUUUUUCGUCGAAAAUGACUUAGUUAAAAUGAAAAGAAAAGUGAGUCAGAAUUUGGGAGUCUGUCGGUUACUACAAAUUGCUGACUUCACAGACGACGGAAAAUCACUUUAGUUCUUAUUGUGUUGGAGACUUCACAGUCGUUGUUUAGCUUUGUUCUUUAUCAAGUAUUACAAACAAGAUAAUCUUCUAUUCACAGAAAAACGGAAAAUCUCAAUUAAACAACGACAAAGGGCUUGURUUAUCAGUAUUGAUAUCACAGCUACUUAUACUAACCACAACUUCCCCGCCAGCAUGUCGACUUGAAAGUUAUUUAGGUAUUGACCUUGUCAAGAGACCACCAUUAGAUGGUAUUCCUUCGUUGACUGUGAUGCCCUUUGUGAUAAGCUAAAGCUUUAUAGACAUCACGUUAAGAACUACAACCUAUUAGCGAACUGCUUAAAUCAGGGCAAUUAGCUCCGUGAAGUUCUUUAGAUCAGYUUGAGCAACAAGUGCGGUUAUCCAGAUCUAACACAGACAACAGGUUUUUAUAACAAAAAACACAUUUUGUUACUCUAUUUUUCGUUUUAUUGCCAAAAAGCCAGAGGCACUUGCUGUAGUAUCAAUUAGUCUAAGAACCGUUGCUUCACUUAGAGGGUCAUUGGACUGACUAAAGCAAUUAUCCUGUUAUUAAAAACAAGUCAAGAUCUUCUAGAAAAUGGAGAAGUUCGUUCUGUUGUUUGCUCUGUGUUGUAUAAAUGGUAUCAAAGCUUCUGGUUCUCAAGAUAAGACGCUGGUUCGUCACAAGAGAUGGUUAUGGGGAGGGUGUGGUCUGAUAUUGAACUGUGACAAAUGUAUUAAUUCACACGUGUGCGUUAAGUGUGAAACGGGCUAUAUCUUUAUGGAGUAUCGUAGUACAUCAUCACAGAUAGUUAAGAAGACUAUACAGUGUACCAAGACAUGUCCAAAGGGAUAUCGAAUCAUGAAUAARACAUCUGGACGAACGUGUGUYUACACUGACAAAGUUUGUAAAGUCCCUCAUUGCAAGACGUGUCAUCCAAGACGUACAAGUAGCUGUAUGAAAUGCUCAAGAGGGUUUUAUCUGUACAGACCGUCCGUCAAAGACAGCGCUAAAUGCGUACGUAAAUGUCCUCGCUGGUGUAGCGCUACGGUGUUACGUGAUGGUACGAAAGAGUGUAUCCUAAGUGCUACAGAGUGCAGAGAACGAUCUCCUAACUGUGAUCGCUGCCUGGACAAGAUAUGGUGCAGGAAAUGCAAGAAAGGUUUUCUUACAUUCUUCAACAGUGGUAAUUUGACGAUGAACUGCGUCAAGGCAUGUCCACCGAAAUAUCGACAAGUCAAAUCGGAAUACUUUGGACUGUACUGCGCAAAACGGGAAAAACGAAAGAAAUGUAAGACUAUUGCCAACUGCGAGUAUUGUCCUAAGAAAUCAAACUGCAAAAAGUGUUCCAAAAAGUACCUUAAAUUCAAAMUGACAGUAUUAGACGAUAUUAAGUGUGUUCUUCAAUGCCCUGAUGGAUUUAAACAAAAAGGAAAAAGAUGCGUACCCUUAAAAGCCAGAGGAUGUCAAGAUGAUUUUUGUAUGGCAUGUAAAGCAGGAUUAUAUCGUGUUCGUAGAGGAYUGUGUCUUAGGCGUUGUCCUAAGGGUCACUAUACAGUGGGCUCUGUCAGGAAAUUCUGCCUCAAAUGCCCCCGUGGAUGCCAAAAGUGCUCUAGUCCCAGUAAAUGCUACAAGUGUCAUUCAAAAUAUCACCGACUUAAGAACAAACAAGGACUGCACUGUGUGCGUUAUUGUCCACCAGGCUAUAAAACAAGASAGCACAAACAACGCUCAGUGUGUCAUCGAGUCUAAUGGAAAAGCUAUUCUCAUAUGAAAGCUGCAACUUGGUUUGUAAAUAUUUAAUACCUCAAGAAAGAAACCACAAGUAAGGCUGAUAAACUUGAUACAGUUAUCGCACAUGGCUGACACCGUCUAUAUGCUAUAAAUGGUGUUUGUGGACUCUCUCUCUCUCUCUCUUGACCAGAAAAGGUCACUGAUAUAGUCCUUAAGAGCUUCAAGAACCGGCCUAGUCUUGUAGAUUUUAGUGCUUUUUGCCUGGUUUGGUAUUCGCAAGACAAAUCUGAAUGGUUAAUAUGUAUCAAAGACAAGAGUUUGCACUUAAUACAGCACUUUGCAAGGGACUAUUCUGAGCUCGUUUGUGUCGUAUAUCACAAGGCGCAUGCGACAAAUCGGAUCGUAUUAUAAUGCCUAGAAGAAGACGAAAGAAGAUGUUUAUUAUUCUUGAAGUUUSCAAACAGACCUCAGCCUUGUAUCUUAUGUUUUUUACUCUGGCUUCCUUCUAUAUGGACAAAGAUGUUCUAAAAGGAACCUUUUAAAAGUUUAUACUUUUUUAAACCUUUUCUCUGCGUGGUGGCUGCAAAACCAAAUUCGAUGUGGCGAUAAACUGCAAAAAGCACUAUGCAUAAAAGUGUUCUCAUGUAAAGGUUGUUUUCAAAGUACAAGCUAUUCUCUCACGCAGACUGUUCUUGUAUAGGGCUCCCUGUGCUCCAUGCUGCUAAUAUUGAAAUCACUUUGACGAGUUGUUAAAUUUAUGAGUUUUAUUGGCUUUGGGAUUAACAUAAAGAGUACAAUGUGACUACUGCUCUAGUCGACCACAAGAUGCAUCGCACAUUUAACACGACCGAUUAAUUUCAAUAAAACUUGCGCAGAUGCAAAACUCUAAGCAACAACAAAUAAAUCUGUCAUUAUAAUAGCCACCAAUUUUAGUUUCUAUACUAGUGCCUGCUGUAAAAAGGAGUUGCUUUUAGCAAUUUCUUUGAUGUAAGGAUUAUAUGAAAGUGUCCGUAAUGAGGGGUGUGUCCGUAA